AUGCAGUUGUGGAGUGCUAAAUCCAGAGUAGCGCCAUUAAAAACUUUAUCUUUACCAAAAUUGGAACUUUUGGCUGCGGAAUUGCUGUCGAAACUAGUGUCGAAAACCAAAUCCAAUUUUUCAAUUUCUAUUGACGCGACCUAUUUAUGGGUGGAUUCCGAAAUUGUGCUAGAUUGGCUGAGCGAGCACCCAUCAAAUUGGAACACAUUUGUUGCCAAACCGGGUAUCAUUGAUUCAAGAGCAGACAAAAACAUCCCCCACUUUGGUGGACUAUGGGAAGCGGCUGUAAAAUCAGCAAAAUAUCAUUUGGCUAGAAUAUUGGGUCAAUCGCAUCUUACAUUUGAAGAGCUGGCAACAGUGGUUGCGGAAGUAGAGGCAGUUUUAAAUUCAAGACCUUUGACAACCUUGUAUAACGACCCAAAUGAUGAAAGCGUUCUUACACCGGCACAUUUCUUAACAGGUGGUCCGUUGGUUGGAACUGUGGAACCUACUGUGGAUAGCGAAGAAUGGUCUCAUAAAGAUAGAUGGCUACGAAUUUCGGCCAUACAACAACAUUUUUGGAGAAGGUGGUCGGCGGAGUAUCUUCAUGAACUUCAACAGAAAGUCAAAUGGACUAAGAAGCAGAAGAACCUUAAUGAAGGUGAUAUGGUGUUAAUUGCAGAAGAAAAUUUGCCUUCUAAGCAAUGGCUUAUUGGGAGAGUGCUGAAAGUGACAAGAGAUGCUAAAGGUUGGGUUCGAGUUACUGAUGUAAAAACAAAGAAUGGAAAGGUUCACCGAGCAAUCCAUAAAUUGGCACCUAUUCCAUCUGAAUGUUGA